GUGUGUGUGUGUGUGUGUUUCUCCACCCGGAAUUGCGGCCUGUCUCUACAGAACAGCUCUGUCUGUGCUAUCUGCUAUUAACAACACCAAACAGAUUCAGAGAUCAUGGAUCUUUCAGAUGCCCUCGACUUUCCACAGCAAAGCAACCAGCAGGCAGGAGGCCCAGUAUGGCCUGGCCAACCAGCCAACCCCAUCUGGCCCGGCCAGCCUGCUAACCCCGCCCUGCCUGGCCAGCCAGCCAAUCCUGGCUGGCCUGGCCAGCCUGCUAACCCUGCUUGGCCUGGACAGCCUGCUAACCCCGCCUGGCCUGGCCAACCAGCCAACCCUGCCUGGCCUGGGCAGCCAAGCCAACCAACAUGGCCUGGACAGCCCGGGCAGCCUACAGCUCCUGGCUGGCCUGCACCUGCACCACAAACUGGCCCUUAUGGUGCUCCUAAUCAAACUCCAUUAACUGUGCCAUUUGAUCUCCCGCUACUUAAUGGAGCCUUUAACAAGAUGCUCAUCACCAUCAAUGGAGAGGUCAAACCCGACGCUAAAAUUAUUACAUUGAAUUUUAAUAGAGGCAAUGACAUUGCAUUUCACUUCAACCCCCGCUUCAAUGAAAAUGGAAAGCAAGUGAUUGUGCGAAACAGCAUGAUUGGAAACCAAUGGGGUAGAGAAGAGCGAGAGCUUCCCUCCUUCCCUUUUGUCCCAGGAAAGCCUUUUGAGAUGAAGAUCUUAUGCACUGACACUGAAUUCAAAGUGGCUGUGAACAAGUCACACCUUCUGGAGUUCAAACAUCGGAUCCGUGAGCUCAACCAGAUCAGAGGUCUUAGUAUAUCCAAUGAUGUCUCCCUCAGUUCUGUAAAUGUGGAGACACUGCAUUGAAAUCAUACCACUGAUUCUGUAAUGGUUUCAUGUCUUUUGACAAUGACAUAUGCCUAUAUUUGUCUUUUGAUAAUGAUUAAUACCUAUUCAACCAUGUGCAAGUUAUUUUAUCUCCAUUUUUUAAACGCAAUGUAUGUCGACAAGAGUUUAUUUACUACAAAUAUAUUAGUGUUAUAUAUCUGCAUGCAAAUUUUUCUCAAUGCUGUAGUUCUCUUUGGUACCUCUAGGUGGGUCUGUUACUAUCUGGGUUGGAUUGGGUUGUCAUAAGGUUCAGUGGCAUGGUUGAAGCCAAAGGGAGUAAAUAUUUUACAUAAACAUGAUACUGAUGAGGAUAAUAGCGGAGGUCAUAGUGGGGAAUGUGAUAGUGGCCAAUCAAGAAUAAUGCAUAAUUAAUGUGCAAUUAGAACUGGAAUAACUUUAUAAAUGUAAGUUAUCUUCAACUGUUACCAAAGAUGGUUCUUCUUUGUAUAAAUAUCCCAUGAUUAAAUAAACAACAACUGAUGUAAACAUUGA